GCAUUCCAAUCUCCUUUCAAAAUUACAGCUCGCAAGCACCGUCGCAUACUCGCAUCUGCUCCACCUAUAAAUACCCCUCGCUCUGCACAUUGAGCUCUGGAACAAACUAUCAUCAGUAACUCGCCCUGCCGCGCUCUCCCCGGCAAGGCAGCAAGUACAAAAACAUUCCCCGCAAUCUCCCGUCCCCUUCCGGUGGAUCGUGCAUAAAUCUACGUGCGUCAAUGGCGGCGAGCAUUCUGUCCCACGUCGUCUCCGACCUCUGCAUCGGGAAGCCGGCGGUGCGCGUCCUGCCGCAGUCGACGCCCAUCGCGGCAGCGCUCGCCACGCUCCGCGCCGGUGCCGACCCCUUUGUCUUCGUCGACGCCGCGCUGCCCUCGGGCGCGAAGGCGCAGCAGACGACAGCCGCCACGGUGGUGUCCGUCAAGGUCAGCGUCGCGGAGAUCCUGUGCUACGUGUGCGGCGACGAUGGCAACCUCGGCGACCCAACGGCCGCGCUCGGCCGGCCCGUGUCCGUGCUCACGGCCGCCGUCGGCGAUCACGCCGUCACCCGCCGAGUGGACGCACAGACCAGCCUGCUGGACGCCAUCGACGUGCUGCUAGCCAGCAACGCGCACAGCCUGGUCGUCGCGCUCCACGGCCACGCGCGCGCCGGCCGCAAGCAGAAGCACCAUCAUCUUCUUCUUCACAACGUCUCCUCUUCUGCCGCCGACGCCAGCUACUGCGUGCUGACGCAGGAAGACAUCGUCCGGCACCUCUUCGGCUCCAUCUCCCUCUUCGCGCCGGUGGCGUGUCUCACGGUCUCCUCCCUGGGACUCGUCCGCGGCCGGGACGCGGCCCACGCCGUCCACGUGGACGCCGACGCGCUCGACGCCAUCCCGCUCCUGCGUAGAUCCAUGGCGCACUGCACCGCGGCCGUGGCGGUCGUGGCCGACGGAGACGCCCUGGUCGGGGAGAUCUGCCCGGGCGUGCUCGGCGCGUGCGACGUCGAGUCCGUGUCCGCCGCGUUCGCCGCGCUCUCGGCGGGCGACGUCAUGACGUACAUCGACUGCUACAGCUCGCCGCCCGAGUUCCUGCUCCGCUCCAUCAGGGCCCAGCUCAGGGACAGGGGGCUCCACGCCAUGUGCGACCUCAUGGACGCCGCGCACGACGACGACGACGUGGCAUCAUCUCUGCCCUUGACGCCGUCGUCGUCGUCGUCGUCAUCGGCAACGUCGUCUGAUGACGAGUGCUGGCCGUUGGUGGCGCGUACGAGACGCGCGAGGAGGGUGUCGUCUUCGGGGAGCUUCCGGUGGAGGUCAACGGAGGACGUGGCGGCGUGUCAUGGGGGGAGCUCGCUCGUGGCCGUCAUGGCCCAGGCGCUCGCCCACCGGGUCGGACACGUCUGGGUCGUCGAUGAGACCAGCGGCGUGCUUGUCGGUGUCGUGAGCUGCGCCGAUGUGCUUGCUCUGCUCCGCGAGCAUCUCCGCCGUGAGUGCGAUUCAGAUGAUUUCUGAAUGUGAUCGAUCAUCGUAGACAAUGUUUUUUGGGGCAGUGAAAAUGUAUGGCUAGAGCCCGAAGUUUUUUUUUAGAGCAUGCACAACUGUCUUAUCUCAGGUGUGACACGUCAAUUAUAAAAAACAACAAAACAUGUUGUACAAUGGGUUAUUUUUUAGUGUUAUAUUUUAAAAUUAAUGCUAAGAUGAAUAAAGUUAACUAAUAAAUGCUAAGAAAAUGCAAAAUCUAGUAUAAUGGAAAAUUUGGUUUA